AUGAAUACUAUCCAUUUGGUUACAUUUAUAUUGACUAUCACUACGUUGACGUCAGGAUAUGUCAUUAAGCGUUCAAGAAACAAUGAUUUCACAUCAGUAACUAAACUAUCAACGGAAUCACCAAGCGUAACAGAUGUGUCUUUUACAACUGUACCUACAUCUACAGUUCCUUAUUAUAUAUGCGUUGCAUAUACUACAUUAUUUGGCCCUUGCAAUUGUAAGACUGAACCAACAACUGUGCCUAGUUCUACAACCGAUGGUUCAAAAGACGUUUCUACCAAAUCUCCGACCACCACACGUAUCACAAAUAAGCCUCAAACAACAACUAUACCUACUUCUACAACCCAUGGUUCUAAAGACGUUUCUACUAAAUCUCCGACUACCACAAGUAUCACAAAUAAGCCUCAAACAACAAUUGUGCCUAGUUCUACAACCGAUGGUUCUAAAGACGUUUCUACCAAAUCUCCAACCACCACACGUAUCACAAAUAAGCCUCAAACAACAACUCCUCAAACAACAAUUGUGCCUAGUUCUACAACCAAUGGUUCUAAAGACGUUUCAACCAAAUCUCCAACCACCACACGUAUUACAAAUAAGCCUCAAACAACAACUGUACCUGCUUCCACAACCCAUGGUUCUAAAGACGUUUCUACCAAAUCUCCAACCACCACACGUAUUACAAAUAAGCCUCAAACAACAACUCUACCUGCUUCCACAACCCAUGGUUCUAAAGACGUUUCUACCAAAUCUCCGAUCACCACACGUAUCACAAACAAGCCUCAAACAACAACUGUGCCUACUUCUACAACCGAUGAUUCUAAAGACGUUUCAACCAAAUCUCCAACCACCACACGUAUUACAAAUAAGCCUCAAACAACAACUGUACCUGCUUCCACAACCCAUGGUUCUAAAGACGUUUCUACCAAAUCUCCGAUCACCACACGUAUCACAAACAAGCCUCAAACAACAACUGUGCCUACUUCUACAACCGAUGGUUCUAAAGACGUUUCUACCAAAUCUCCAACCACCACACGUAUUACAAAUAAGCCUCAAACAACAACUGUACCUGCUUCCACAACCCAUGGUUCUAAAGACGUUUCUACCAAAUCUCCGAUCACCACACGUAUCACAAACAAGCCUCAAACAACAACUGUGCCUACUUCUACAACCGAUGGUUCUAAAGACGUUUCAACCAAAUCUCCAACCACCACACGUAUUACAAAUAAGCCUCAAACAACAACUGUACCUGCUUCCACAACCCAUGGUUCUAAAGACGUUUCUACCAAAUCUCCGAUCACCACACGUAUCACAAACAAGCCUCAAACAACAACUGUGCCUACUUCUACAACCCAUGGUUCUAAAGAUGUUUCUACUAAAUCUCCGACUACCACUAGUAUCAAAAAUAAGCCUCAAACAACAACUGUGUCUAGUUCUACAACCGAUGGUUCUAAAGACGUUUCUACCAAAUCUCCGACCACCAUACGUAUCACAAAUAAACCUCAAAGAACAACUGUACCUGAUUCCACAACUGAUGAUUCUGACGAAAGUGAUGAAAGUGACGAAAGUGAUGAAAGUGAUGAAAGUGACGAAAGUGACGAUAGUGACGAAAGUGAUGAAAGUGACGAAUGUUAUGAUUUCUGGGAUAUAUAUGUAUGGAUCGCUCUUGAUAAAUAG